AUGAAAAAAAUAGAAGAUGAAAAAGAAGAGAAAAAAGAAGAAAAAAAAGAAGAUAAAGAAGAUGAAAAAGAAGAGAAAAAAGAAGCGAAAAAAGUAAAUGGAUUAGAAGUAAGAUUAAGAAGAGAUCUAAAAAAGCUAGAAGACAAAUUUAAAUGGAGCCCUACUCUGAAAAUACUUCUGCACGAAAUAGCAGUUCUUGCUACUAGAUUUUGGGAACAGCAAACUUCUUACUUUAGAAUUACGCCUAGAGAGUAUAUAAACCCAUCAGAUCCUGGAAAAUCAUAUGGAGAUAUAGGAGACUAUCUCGAGUCGUUACUCUUUGGUCACAGGUUGAAAUGCCUUUAUCGUGGAGGGGCAAAACUUUUAUUAAAUAUUAAUAGCUGAAACUUGCCAAUUGAUAGGUUUCAGUCUAAAUUCCUAAAAUGGCAAGAACAUAGCAAAGCAAAUGGUGGCAAUUUUUACCUUCUCUGAAGUCGAAAAAUAGAAGUCAACUGUGUUACAUUCGGCAGACGUGGGAUGUCUUAUUGGAAUUCGCGUUAG